UCAAUGAACCUAAAAGAUGAUUACAAUUAACAUUGGCAUCAUUUUCAAACGUGUAGUAUCAUAAGUAAAUUGAAUUUGUUACAGUUUAUGUGAUUGUUAAUUACGAAUCAACAUGUCAUACUCACUGCAGAACGAAAGAUACAAAAUUUUGUUUAAAUUAUUAUUCAUUUUACAUUCAACAAUUAAAACAGCAAGUGCUACAGAUUUUUCGGAUUUACCGUUAAGCAUACCUGGCAAAAGUGCUAACAUCAACGCUACUUUAACCGAUUCCAAUGCUGGCACUAAAUAUUUUAUCCAGGAAUCAAUAUCAGCUUCUAGUAGUGUUAUCAAAGGCAAAAUUUUGAUCUCAGGUGAAAAGGAUUCCUACAACAUCUAUUAUACUACUCCUGGUUAUUAUAGAAAGGAACGUUUGGUUACUCAUGGUGCAAAUUGUUUAAGAUUUACUUUCAAGAACAAUUGGGAUGAAACUUUACCUGGAAUCAAAAGACCUGUAACUAAUCUGGUACUCUUAAUGGGACCUUCAAUUUUAUAUCGGCUUGGUCAUUCAUCAAUUGUUUGGAAAGCAGUUGCUGAUAAAAACAUAAGAGGAACCAUGAUGAAAGGAGCGACAACUGACAUAAAUGAAAGAUUGAAAAUCACUUUUUAUUACAAAAAGCACUUUACUGACGAUUAUGGAAUUAAACAUCCAAGUCGAAUUGAAUUCAGUGGUUAUGAUCCAUAUUCAACUUCAAUCAGCUACAAAGAGAAUCUUAUUCUUGACAUUUACCUUCAAAAUGAAAACUAUUAUGAUCAACUUGCGAACGAAGUUAAUCCUUUAACUGGAAUUGGAUGCCCAUAUUACUCAUCUUCGGCUAGCUACCCGUACCCGUCAUUGAAAGCUGAUUAUGUACAUUACACUAUGCACGAGUACAUUCAAGGUUCAACUACUGCUCGAACAUUUAGUGAGAUUCAUGCAUCAAGAAAGCAAAACUUAUUGCGAGUAAGAUCAACUCUUCUUGGCGUAGCAACUGAAGCUAUUUAUGAUUAUAACCUCGGAGUUUCUUACCUCUUUGAAGAGGGUGGAUCCUGUAGCAUAUUACCUGCAGAUUUAAAUUCACCCGGAGUCAAUUCUUAUGGUUACUUCACUUUGACCAGUCUUUUCCUCGAUGGAGAGUCUUUCGCAUAUAUUGGAAAGCUCAACUUAGAUCACCGAUCUGGGUUUCCAGUAAGGGCAUGGGAAGCAAUAAAAUAUAAUGCUACUAUCAACGGGAAAAAGGCCGACAAAGCUGUCGUUACUCAAUAUUUUGCUGAAUCGCAAGACGUUGGAGUAUUUUUUGUUUAUACGCUUGUCAGUACCAAGAUUACACUCUAUAAAUGGGAUCCAUCGAAAAAAACUUAUACUUUGACGGAUGGAAUUACAAGAGAUUACAUGAACUUUGAAACUGCCGGAUCUGAAGAUGAACUUCAUGAUAAGUUUACAAUAAAAGAGUGUAAAUACUUGAUUAGUGAUAAAACAUCAACCCUUGCCUUCAAAUUUCAAUGUGAAGGUGACUCUUGUGUCGACAGUAUGGAAAAUCAUGUUUACUAUUUGAAAAAGUCGAUAAUGGAAUAUGUCAUUUUUGAAAAACCCAUUAGUCCACUUCGAGUCGAUAACGUUCAAUAUAAUUUCAUGGACCGACAAUUUGAAAUGGAAGUGACAUUCCUGGAUUCACCUAAUUUGAAAUAUAUUUUCAACUCUAAAACAAUGUCUGUCAGUGGAGAUACAAUUAGAAAGAUGAAAACAAUCAGAGCAAGCAGUGAAUAUGAAUGUCUGGAGAAAUUAUCAAAAAACCAAGAAAAAAUCAUUGUAGUAAUUUAUAAACCAUCAUCCACUUGUGGAUAUCUGACAGAUUUUAAUGAUCUCAAGGAAGAUACAAAAGGCGGACAACCAUGCAGCGUCUAUCACUUUCCUUUACAUAACUUGCAACGCAUUGAACAAGAGAUACCACUUGAUCAACUUCACAAUAAACUUAUGUCAAGUUUAGGAUUCAAGAUCCUUUAUCAGGGAACUUAUACACUUACUGAUAUUAUCGACAAAACGGAUAAUAAAAUUACUCCGAAUGAUCUCUUUCAAACCAAAAUUAGAGUUGAAGCAAAAUUAAAAAGCAACGAUCAAGUUACAGUGGCUGCUCCAGGUGCGAAAACAUUAGCUGAUUGUUAUCGAACCUGUCAUAAUUCAGAGCAACUUAAAUGCAAUACUUUCUCAUUCUGUGAAAAUGGGGACUGUAGAGUAAGCAGCUUAUUGACGGAAGACUCGUAUAACGAUUCGCGUGUUGAAGAAGACAAAUCAUGUUCAAUUCACGCUGUGAAUGUUUUCAAUGAUUACUUAGAAGUACCUCAGAGGAAAUUUAAAACUCAGACUUCCAUCGCAGUCGACAAAAAUGUUGAUUCUUGUGCAGAAUAUUGUCAUGCUUCACCUGAUUGUUUCUCAUUCCAAUGGUGUAAUUACCAAUGUAGUUUUGGUAAUUUUUAUACAGAUUCAUCCACUGAAUAUGAUGGUGAAUGCAGUGUAUAUCUUCCCAAAGUAUCUGAAAAGUACCAAAAGACUGGCAAGAAAAUCGUGUCUGAUGUGCUUUACACUGAAAUGAAUUUAAAUUUUGAACAAUGUGCAUCAUUAUGUCAUGGAUGGUCCGAUGGUCAAACUGGAUGUAAAUCAUUUAAUUAUUGCCCUAAAAGUAAAACAGAAAGUUCGUGUUCAUUGACUCAAUUUUCAGUUAAAAGUUCAAAUACUAAGACCAUCGAAGGAGGUGAUUGUUCAAAUUACGAGUUGAAAGUGGGUUCAAAUGGAAAGAAAAGUAAAGAAUCUAGUUCGACUGAGGCAACGACAGGGACAAGUGGAUCAGGUGCUUUUGGAAUAAUUAUGCUGUUCUUGUUUGUCGGUGCUUUAUUGGGAUUCGCUGGACCACUUGGUUACACUAAAGUUAAACAAAUGCGUAAUGCUUCAGAAGCCAAUGAAAGUUUCAGUUGGACAAGACAAGUAAAUGAACAAGCUGAGAAUAUCAAUUGAAUUAAAGUUUCAAAUCCCAAAAUGAGCUAUUGCUAAUCGAACGCUGUAAAUUUUCGGUCAAGCUUUAUCGCUACUUUCCAUAUUUGAAAAGCGAUGUUGAAAAUUUGUAUUACAAUAACAAUAAAAUACUUUACGAUCCA